AUGCCUUCCUCCCCCGCGUCCUCUGUCCUCGUCACCCCGCGCACCAGUGGCCGUGUGCGCCAGCCGGCCAAGGUGUUUGGCAACAUGGUCAACUCGGACGACAUCUCGGACUCGGAAGCCGAGGACGACUACGACGACCCGUCGUCGGACGACGACUUUGGCCUCGUGGGCCGCUGCCAGGGAGACGACGAUGACGACGGCGAGGAAGGUGCCGAGGAAGGCAGUCUCUCGGAUGACGGCAAGGUGAAGAGCAAGCACAAGUCGGCCCCCAAGGCGCCCAAGAUGCCCAAAGCCCCCAAGGGUGGCAAGGCUGUCAAGAAGGCCGCGAGCAAGACGUCCACGACCCCCAAGAGCAAGGCGGAGCCGAAGGCCAAGGCGUCGCCCACCAAGUCCGCGACGAGCAAGCCGCCCGUGACCCCCAAGCCGUCGUCAACCAAGCCCAAGGUGCCCGCCACGCCGACCAAGACCAAGGCGACGGCGACGUCCAAGGUGCUCCUCCCCACCCCGCUUGCGGGCAAUGCCAAGGCCUCACCAGCUAUGCCCAAGCCCGCUGCCACCAAGCCGGGCCUCCUCAAGCCCAAGUUCCAGCCGCCCGUCAAGAAGACUGGCGUGGUGGCCGUCAAGCCGGCGGCGGGCGUCAAGCCCAAGCCCAAGGCCGCGUCUGCGGGGAAGAAGUCUGCGAAGAAGGCUGCCCCUGUGGAUGAGGAGGACGAGGGGGAUGAGGGAGAGAAGGACGAGGAGGAGGUUGAGGAGAAGGGCGCGCAGGAGGACGAGAAGGACGAGGAGAAGGACGAGGAGAAGGACGCGGAGAAGGACGAGGAGAAGGACGAGGAGAAGGAGGAUGGCGAGAAGGAUGGCGACAAGAUGGAGGUGGAGGAGAAGGACGACGAGGAGAAGGACGAGACGACCGCGGACGGCAACUCCAGCGACGCCGAGGAGGAGGAGGAGAAGACGAAGACGAAGACGAAGACGAAGAAGAGCCAGCCGAGCAAGGAGACCAAGGGGAAGAAGCGCGCCGCUCCCGCUCCCAAGAAGCCGACCAAGGCCAAGAAGCCCCGAGUGGUCGCUGCCACUUCGUCCGACGAGGAGGACGCGUAG